AUGUCUGGGCUCAACGUCUCCUUGGGUUACCUGUUGGGUGUGGUGGGGCUGGGGGUGGCCGGCAGGCUCCUGUCCCGGCGGCUGCCCCUGCAGAGCUUUUCGGCGGAGCUCCUGGCCUCCUUCACCCUGGUGGCCUGCUGGAUGGAGGUGCAGACGCUGAUGGAGGUCGGCCAGUGGGCCGGGGGGUUCGGGCCGGACGUGGCCUUCACCAUCCUCUUCCUCACCCUGCUGGUGCACGGCCUGAUCUCCCCGGGCGCCACGGGAAACCCCGCCGUGACCGCCACGAGCUUCCUGACGCGCGACUCCGCCGCGUCCGGCGCCGUUUCCGGGCUUGCCGGGCAGUUCCUGGGCGCGUUCCUGGCCCGCCUCCUCACCCUGUACUACUGGUCCCUGGAGCUGACGGACAUGCACAUGAUCAAGAACAUGAUGUCGCAGGAGUGCAGCCCUGCCCUGCGCUCGUCUGUGCCGCAGGGCGCGUUCACGGAGGGCGUGUGCGCCCUGAACUUCCACCUCCUGUACAUGAACGUGCGGCACCGCACUGCGCUGCUCAGGGUCCCGCUCGUGGCAGCCAUGCUGACGUUCUUCAAUUACGCAGCUAGUGGCGUUACCUCAGGCUUUUCAAACCCCUCGCUGGCUUACGCACUCACCUUCCAGUGCCCUGGGUUUACAAUGGUGGAGUACAUGACUGUGUACUGGCUGGGCCCACUAGUUGGAAUGAUCGUGGCUCUGUUCCUGUACCUGGGCAACAUCCCGCGACUUUUCACCCGUAACCUGCUGUACUCCCAAAAGACUCGUUUCAGAGUCCCCAAGGGGAAGGGCUCUCAGGACCAGGCUGAGGCACAGAAACCACAGGGGGAGAAGAAAGGGGACUGA